UAGAGUCAGGCUGGUCGUGUGGACUUGCGUUGUGUCUGACGUGGGAUAAACUUUGCUUGUGUGGACCUGAAGUCACGUUCUGGUAUUCGUCAAUCCCUGCUGCUUUGGCGUUCACAAUGGAUGUCAUACCAGGUGCCCCUCGGUCGCGCAAAGUCUGUAGAGAUGUCACCUUAUCCUGGUUAACAUGACAUUCAGAAACCCAGCUGACGGCAGGCAAUAGCAGGACUCCAGUUCAGCUCAACAACUGAAAUUACUGUCCGGCCUUUAGCCCAGUCUGGAAUACAAACUGGAAUUGUGUGCCAGUGAAAGGCCAGCCAAAGAGGGAAAUGCCGAGUGGUGCUGCGUGCUUAGGAAGGCGCCAUGAGUAAAGGCAGCGGGAAAGCCGUCAACCUGAGAGACAAGCUGGACGGCAAUGAGCUGGACUUGAGCCUGAGUGACCUGACCGAGGUGCCAGUCAAAGACCUGGCCUGUCUGCCGAAAGCCACGGUGCUCGACCUCUCCUGCAACAACCUGCGCGUCCUUCCUUCAGAGUUCUGCAGCCUGACCCAUUUGGUUAAACUGGAUCUUAGCAAGAAUCAACUGGUCCAGCUGCCCCCUGAGUUUGGACGCCUUGUAAACCUGCAGCACGUGGAUCUUUAUAACAACAAGCUGGUGGUCCUGCCGGUCAGCUUUGCUCAGCUGAAGAAUCUGAGGUGGUUGGAUUUAAAGGAUAAUCCACUCGAGGCAACGCUGGCCAAGGUCGCAGGAGACUGCUUAGACGAGAAGCAGUGCAGGGCGUGUGCCAGCCAUGUUCUGCAGCACAUGAGGAUACUGCAGUCGGACUUGGACCGGGAGAAGCAGCGACGUUUGCAGGCCGAACGUGAGCAAGAGAAGAAGCGGGAGGCUGAGCAGCGAGCAAGAGAAGCCCGGGAGCGAGAGCUGCGGAAGAAGGAGAAGGCAGAGGAGAAAGAGAGGAAGAGGAGGGAGUACGACGCUCAGAAGGCCGCGCGGGCCUCGCAGGAGCAGCGGGACGCCAAUCGGAAGGCGGAAGCUGAAGCAGAACAACAACAACCGUGUGCCGUGAGCUCCGCUCCCAAACUUCAGACCUCUUGGCGGCCCUUCGUCUUGAAGCUCUUCCUCCUCCUCCUCCUAGCGGCCGCAGCGAUGGUCGCCGUCUGUCAGCUGACGGAGCUGCGGCGGGACGAGGCCUGCGUGCCCAUCAACUCGCUCUACGCGGACCUCGUGUCGGCGCUGAAAAGACAGGAAGUUGUCAGUCGAAUUCUGCAGAAACUCUCGCCACAGCAACCCUGAGGUUGUGCCCGGCGGGCGCUCGACAGAGGAAGUGGCUGCUGAAAUUCCUAUGGAAUUGCAUUUUAAACGGCGUUUACACAGAAGGAGCGUGACCGUGUCGCCAGCCCAGAAGACGACGAGGCCGUGGCAGUGCCAGCACCUGGCUCAUACUGCAGGGCUUGUGCCGCCAGCUGUCGCUCAUUUUGACUUUUUGUUGAUUUCCUGCUCAUUGAUUGUCAAGCAAACUUGCAUUUCUGUAACUUGAAAAUCGGAACUUAUGCAGCGGAUUGUUGAACGUGACAAUGCUGACUUUGUACGAUUUCUUACAGUAAACCCGAAGUCCUGAGGCUCAACGGGGCACGGCACCCUGUGCGGGUGCUGCUUCACCUGGGCAGUGCCAGCUGCUGCCGUGUUCCUGUGCUUUAUUCUUUGUAAAAGUCUCGAAAUGUGAGCCGACGUUCGUGAUGCUCAACUCGAGGCCUGCGUGCCUGAAGCUCUGCCUGAGUGCUGCCAUGACGCCCGCCGUUUGGUGUAGAAAUAAAGCCCGCUCUGCCCUCCUUGGCCCUCUUCCUUUGAGUGAAGCCCCCCGUCUGUGGCUCUGCGUGGUCAGGCCGGGCUGCCCGACGGCUAGAGGCCCACCUUUGAGAGCAGCUCUGGCGACUCUUCUCGUUUUAUACUCUCGUUGAGCCCACGGUGUGCCCUGUGCCCGUAAAGAACAUCGCAACGCUACGUUUUUCUCUUUAGGUGCGAGACUAACAUCCCAAAGUGAGAUUUCAUGUUUAAGGAGACGUGAUAAGAGUCGGGCAGCUUCUGCUUUCUCAGGGGUCCAGGCAGUGAAGAGUCACUCACUGCCACGUCUGCCAACAAGUCCACACUUUCAGUAUCGUUGCUUUAAAAUUCGUUUUUCCAAAUUCAAUGCAAAAAUAAAGAGAGACACUGAUCACCCAA